AAAGAGCUUUGCCGGCUGAGACCGACUGCUUGUUGACGUCACCAAACUUGUCCAGCAGCUGUAGCGGCGAGCAGAGGAGGAGAGGGAAUGAGACUGCUGGAUGUGGAGCUCGGACUGUGGAGCGCCGAGGACCGUGGGCUUUUAUUUCCUUCUUCUACGGGACUGUUCGGACUUCUUCUACGCUUCAGAGCAUUUGGCAAGUCAAGACAUGUCUGAGCUUGACACGUCAUAUAUUGUUCAAAGAGGAAAACAUCCAUGGUUUCAAAGCCAGGAUACUCAUCAGUACAAUCAUUUGUCAUGUCGAAGAUGCAGCACUAAUGAGCAUCCCGCAGCCUUUAGAUGAGUGAGGCACAACAAAGACAUCUGAACAUCAAGAGUCCACAGUAACAGUGGAAUAUUGGCAGCAACUCAGGAGGGACCUCAGAGACGCACAUUUUCCACUAUGAACCGCGCCUUCAACAGGAAAAAAGAUAAAUCAUGGAUGCACACCCCGGAAGCACUGGCCAAGCAUUACAUACCCUACAAUGCCAAGUUCCUUGGAAACACAGAGGUUGAAGCCCCAAAAGGCACAGAAGUUGUAAAGGAUGCAGUCAGGAAGCUGAAGUUUCAGAGGCACAUCAAGAAGUCAGAGGGACAGAAGAUUCCCAAAGUGGAAUUGCAGAUCUCCAUUUAUGGUGUGAAAAUACUAGAUCCCAAGACAAAAGAUGUGCAGCACAACUGUCAGUUACACAGGAUAUCUUUCUGUGCCGAUGACAAAACUGAUAAAAGGAUAUUUACUUUCAUCUGCAAAGACUCUGAGUCCAACAAACACCUUUGCUAUGUGUUUGACAGUGAAAAGUGUGCGGAGGAGAUAACUCUAACCAUCGGUCAGGCCUUUGACUUGGCCUACAAGAAGUUCCUUGAGUCCGGAGGCAAAGACGUGGAAACCAGGAAACAGAUUGGAAGCCUUCAGAAACGGAUUCAAGAACUGGAAACAGAAAACUCAGAGCUAAAGAAACAGCUUCAAGAUCUUGAAGAACAGCUGAUGAUUGCUCACGUGCCACCACCGCUGCACAUAAACGCAGCUAAUGAAGCGUACAUGCUGCAGAGGCCCUCCUCUCUCUUCUGGUGUCACAGCAUCAAGUCGCUGUCCUGUCUGGAAAUCUCCUCUGUGACACUCACUCCCAUGAGCUCGCCAGAGUCCAACUUAUCCGCCGGGCUACUAACUCCUCCGCCUGCCAAACCUGCUCUCCUUCCUCCUAAGCCUACCGAGGGAUGCAGCAUCCCACGGCCUCGCGCAGGCAGCAUCUCCAUGAAACCACAGUCCACGGACGUUUUCGACAUGGUUCCCUUCUCCCCUGUGUCGCCGCUGGUGCCCACACUGGCCAGUAACGGCUGCCCACCACCACCACCAACCACACUGCCACCAGAUAUAAGGAAAGACUUGUUUGGUGCUGAGCCAUUUGAUCCGUUCACCUGCGGGGCAGCUGACUUCCCUCCAGACAUUCAGUCAAAGCUGGAUGAGAUGCAGGAGGGGUUCAAAAUGGGACUAACCUUAGAGGGCACCGUCUUCUCCCUGGACCCGCUAGACAGCCGCUGCUGAUGCCAAGAAGAUGCUCCUCGUCGCGUACUUUUAUCUCGUUUGUAUGAAGAAGUGCCAAAAUCCACUCCACAGCUGAGUCAAGAUGUCACACUUUUCAUCUUGAGGUUUAUAUGCAUUUGCAUUUAGAUUGGUUUUUUCAAGGUAAAAACUCAGAUCCAUUAUAGAAAAAAAACUAUUUUUGUAAAAAACUAAAUAUGGAAGGAGUAGUUUUGAUGACCUUUGCUUGCACAGGGGAUGAGAGAUGUAAAUAGUCGAUGAUAUGUUGAAUGGUACACUCUGUGGCAGAAUUUUCAUAUGAGACCGUUUGUGUGUAUGCAUCAUUUGAAUUCUGUAUCGUUGAAACAUUCCUGUUUGUACGCCGAACACAAGCUGGCAAGAAAAAUAAAUGGAACCACAAACCUUCAGCUCGUCCCCAACAUCACAUGCUGUAGCUUAUUUUACUCAACAUCAAGUCACGUUAUGUAGUUAAUUAAUCCAGUUGGAUAUUAUUUACUGACUUUUCCACCUUUUCUUUUUGACAUUGAAGGUUUUUUGUUGUUGUUUCUUCUUGUUUGUUGUUGGGUUUUUUUGUUUUGCAUUUCACAAGUUUGAAUCGGCAUUUCAGUAUUUACAUCUCAUAUUAUUACUUUGUCAUCAUGUUACUCUCCUCUUUUCUUGCACCAGAAGGCACUUUUUUUGGACAGACUCUGUCCAUACCUGCAGUACUAUUCCCAUUAUUUUACUUUUGGUUGCAUUGACUUUGCUGUUACACUUAUUAAAGAAAAUCUUACUGC